AUGUUGGGCACUCAUGGAAUUCAGCCAGUCACACUGGUGUUUAAUAACGCCAAAAACUGCUUUCUUCAUCUCUCUUCAAACUUAGUAACCCAGCUUUCUCUUCAAGAGAAUCACGUUUUGGAGCUCUCCUGGGGGAUCAGUGCCCCUGUUUUCCUCAGCUGGAUAACAUGCAGACAUUCAGCAGCUCAAGAGGAUAAGGUAGAACUAAGCAGACAACUUGGAGAGAAGCUUGGACUAAAAGACGGGGAACAGGGCUUCCUGCGGCCAUGUCAGCAGGUACAGUCUGUGCAGCAGGUGUUCGUGGAGCCUCUGUCCUCUGACGACUGGGAGAUUCUGGAGCUUCACGCUUUAACUUUGGAGCAACAGCUCCUGGACCAGAUCCGAGUGGUCUUCAGUGAUGGGGUAUUCCCAGUGUGGGUGGAUCAACACACAGUCAUCUUUAUUAGAAUAGCUGCUCUUUCUCCAUCUGUCUCAUAUGGUCGACUGGAGCAGUUCACAGAGCUUAUUGUCUCCCCUAAACAGCGAUCAGGUAGUGAGGGGCUUUCCUAUGUGCCUUCAACACCCUUAACGGACCCAACCCAGAAUCAGCGACAGCAAGAGCACCAGAACUUUGACAUACCAGCUUCCCCUACCUCUUCCGCGGAGAGUCGCUCUCAUAACGAGUCCCCUGCUGAUCAGUUUGCAUUGAACCACAGCCACCAAGGUGGUCAGUGGGGAGGAAUAGCAGAUCUGAAGAGCCUCGUGCGGUAUAUGUUCAGAGGGAGAUUUGACCCAGUGAAGGACAUUCCCUCUGUUCCCGUUAUUCCUGCCCUGCUGCGAGACUGUAUUCUUAGAGUAUGUAAAUCUCCACCCACCGGUGUCUUAUGUUCCGGUCAUGGAGAUGUGCACCUGCAGCCUUGGGUUCAUGAAGAACAGGACAGGUUAUUUGGUGGACAGCCUGCCUUAACGUAUGGUCGGCUUUCGAGAAUACACUCCCCAAAGGAGAUGAGAGAACGAGCCAAACAGGCUAUGGAAGCUAAGAAGAAGAAGAAGAAGAAUAAAAGUGCCUCUCAGAUGCAGAAUGAGGAAGAGGACUGUGAGGAGGACUCUGUGGUGGUGAGGGUGAUAUGUCACAACGUGGAAAAAUUACACGAAGGUCCGAAAUCUAGCAGAGCAGGAGAGAUCCACAAUGGAAAGGUUUGGAUCCCAGAAACGUUGAGGUCCAGGUUACAGAUUGACCUGCACUCUGCUGUGAGGAUUCAACCCUUAAAAUCAAUUCCCCAGGUAGCACAGGCUGUCAUGCUUCAGCCAUUACAGCAAAUGGCUGACAAUGAGAGAGUGGAAGAUGUUCAAACUGCGUUUCUGGGUUGGCUGCAUGCUCAGAGCCAUGAACCCCUGGCAUGUCUGACGGGACGCUCCAGCAUCAUCCUCUUACCCCACAGUGAGGGAAAGUCAGAGUUCCUUCUGACUGUGCUUAAACCUGAACGUGAACCAAAGAUGCCAGAUGAGAUUUUUCUUUUAACUGCUGGAUUAUUACAGAAAACAAACAUACAGGUUGUGAGGGAAGUAGUGACUUUUCCCUCCACAAGCUCUACAAAUGCUGUGAAUGAAAAAGACUUCCCUUCUCUGUGCUCUCUGGGUGGGGUGAAGGACAUCAGUAUGUCUGCAUUCGACCACAUCUCUCACAGCCUGAUGGGAAGUCCCCUCUCCAGGGAGCUGGUGUCCGUCGGGCGAGGGCUCAAAAGCGGAGCUCUGCUCAUCACAGGAGCCAAGGGCAUUGGAAAGACAGCUCUUGCCAAAGCUCUGUGUAGGAAGGCUAUAGAUCAGCUGGAUGCGCAUGUGGAAGUGAUGGACUGUAAGACUCUCAAAGGUAAACGUGCAGACACUGUGAGGCAGAGGUGGGAGGAGGUUUUUGAGCAGGCAGUGUGGAGACAGCCGUCUGUGAUUCUGCUGGACGACCUGGAUCAUGUGACGGGGGCAGCCACCUCACCUGAGCAUGAACAAGGCCCUGAGGCAAUACUGCGUCAACACCUGGCUCAGAGCCUGAGAGACCUGGUGGAUGAGGCUGUAACGCAUACCAGUCAGAUUGCUUUGGUAGUCACUGCUCACAGCGAGCAUUCUUUACACCCCUCCCUGACACAAGUGCAGGGCUCACACUUCUUCCAGACCUUUACCAAGAUCCAGGUACCAGAUCAGGCACAAAGAGUGGACAUUCUCAAGGCCUUAAUUUGCAAAAAGAGUGCCGUAUUGGAGGAGUGUCUCCUCACACUCAACCUAGAGGGCAUUUCAAAGGAAACAGAGGGUUAUCUUCCCAGAGACCUCACCUUGCUGCUGGACAGGGCUAUUCAUGCCAAUGCAGCGCACAGCAGAAUCAGCAACUCCUCAGGCCUGUGUUUGACCCAGAGGGACUUCUUGCAUGCACUGAAGGGCUUCACUCCACCCUCUCUCUGGAGUGCCAAGCUGCAGGUGCCCAGCGAAUCGGGGAUGGAGCGGGUGGGCGGGCUUCACCACGCGCGUCAGUUGCUGAUGGACACCGUCCUGCUACCGGCCAAGUACCCGGCGCUGUUUUCCAGUCUACCCAUCCGUCAGCGCUCUGGGGUGCUGCUGUACGGCGCUCCCGGCACUGGUAAAACUCUGUUGGCUGGAGCUGUGGCGAAGGAGAGUGGCAUGAACUUCAUCAGUGUCAAGGGUCCUGAACUUCUUAGCAAGUACAUUGGUGCAAGUGAGAUGGCUGUCAGAGAUGUGUUUCAGAGGGCUCAGGCUGCCAAGCCUUGUAUCCUAUUCUUUGAUGAGUUUGACUCCCUGGCACCUCGCAGGGGUCACGACAGCACAGGGGUCACAGACCGUGUGGUCAAUCAACUGCUCACACAGCUGGACGGAGUGGAGGGCCUGCAAGGAGUGUAUGUCUUAGCUGCCACCAGUCGUCCUGACCUGAUUGACCCUGCCCUGCUUAGGCCUGGCCGACUGGACAAGUGCCUCUACUGCCCACCUCCAGACCAGGAGGCUCGUCUGGAGAUCCUCAGGGCACAGACCCACUCUGUUCCACUGGCAGGAGACGUGGACCUGGAGCAAAUUGCUGCUUCCACAGAGCUCUUCACUGGAGCUGACCUGAAGGCACUGCUGUAUAAUGCCCAGCUAGAGGCCAUUCACAGUAGUGUGGGGCCUGGCCUGUUGCCUGAUCUCGGCUCUGGUUCAGACAGCGAUGUCAGCCUGUCCUCCAUGAUCUUCCUCAACCACAGCAGUGCGUCUGAGGACUCUGCAGGGGAGGGGGAUGCUGGGCUGGACCACUCCAUGAUGCUGCUGGAGACCACUGAACUGCCCCCUGAAGACCCACGACAUAACAUUUGGCGCCUUUACUUUGGUAGCUCCUACGAGUCGGAGUUGGGCAACCCCUCGCCCUCUGAACUGAACUCCCAGUGCCUGUCUGGUCCAAACUCUACCACUCAUGAACUGACAGGGACGUCAGUCAGAGACAUGGGCUGCUGCCACGCUCCGGCCCUAAUGGCUUCCCUUCAGGACGGCUUUCAGGAGCUGAGCCAUGAGCAGACUGAGCGUCUACGAGCGGAUAUCAACAACAUUAAAAACAACUACCGCAGGCCUCCAGAGGACUCAUCUUUUGUGCAAACUGGCCCCAGUAAAUCAGCCUUUGUGAUCUGUCAGUCUCACCUUACCUCAGCACUGGCCAACACUAGAGCCUCAGUCAGCAAACAGGACUGGAGGAGAUACACCGAGCUUUUCGAGUCCUUCGGUGCCUCGAGAGAGGGAAAGCAGCAGAACGCGGCACUAUUCAAACCAGGCCAGCGUGUCACUUUAGCUUAAUCAUAGCUAUAUACUCCCAGACACAAACACA